CGAGAUCACCACUGACACCACAUUAGAGUGCGUCUGCGCAUGCGUACAAGAAAGACCACUGACACCGCGCUGUGGCAUGGUGAGGAUGUUUGCGCAUGCGCGUCGGGAGCCUCAGCAGAGCGGAGACCAUUUCCUCUUCUGCGGGCCUGGGCAGCAGAGCCAGUCCGUGCCUCUUCGGGCUCUCCGACCUCUGGAUGUUAACUGGACCGAGCCCUCGCAUACGAAGCCGUGUUCGUGAACACUCUUAGCGGCUUUUCUUGAAGACGUAUUCCACGAGCUCUGAUGCUACCUGUUACUCUGUGACACCUGCCAGAGGAAUCCACAGCCCCACACUCACAAUGUCUGGUCUACAGACAGCAUGGCCGACAGGCACGGAGUGUGUGGCUAAGUAUAACUUCCAGGGCACAAUGGAACAGGACCUGCCCUUCUCCAAAGGAGAUGUCCUCACCAUCAUCGGAGUGACCAAGGACCCUAACUGGUACAAAGCCAAGAACACACUAGGCAGGGAGGGCACAAUCCCAGCAAACUAUGUUCAGAAACGAGAAGGAGUGAAAUCGGGAGGCAAACUGAGCCUGAUGCCAUGGUUCCACGGUAAAAUCACACGAGAUCAAGCGGAGCGGCUGCUCUACCCACCCGAGACGGGGCUGUUUCUGGUGCGCGAGAGCACAAACUAUCCCGGAGACUACACGCUGUGUGUGAGUUGCGAGGGCAAGGUGGAACACUACCGCAUCAUCUACCACAACGGCAAGCUUUCCAUCGACGAGGAGGAGUACUUCGAGAACCUCAUGCAGCUGGUGGAGCAUUACACCAAAGAUGCGGAUGGACUGUGUACUCGACUGAUCAAGCCAAAGCUGAUGGAGGGGACGGUAGCAGCGCAGGAUGAAUUCUCCAGGAGUGGCUGGGCUCUAAACAUGAAGGAGCUGAAGCUGAUACAGACCAUCGGCAAAGGAGAGUUUGGAGAUGUAAUCUUGGGAGACUACAGAGGGACCAAGGUGGCGGUGAAGUGCAUCAAACAUGAUGCCACAGCGCAGGCCUUCAUUGCUGAGGCUUCAGUUAUGACGCAGUUGAGGCACAAUAACUUGGUGCAGCUGCUGGGAGUGAUAGUGGAGGACAGAGGAAGUCUCUUCAUCGUCACGGAAUUCAUGGCCAAGGGCAGUUUAGUGGACUACCUGCGUUCGCGAGGGCGCACGGUGCUCGGGGGAGAGUGCCUGCUCAAAUUUUCACUUGACGUUUGUGAGGCAAUGGAAUACCUUGAGGUGAAUAACUUCGUGCACAGGGACCUCGCUGCUCGGAAUGUCCUGGUGUCUGAAGACAACAUUGCUAAAGUCAGCGAUUUCGGUCUUACCAAGGAAGCCUCGUCCACCCAGGACACAGCCAAGCUGCCUGUCAAAUGGACGUCGCCUGAGGCGCUCCGAGAGAAGAGGUUUUCCACCAAGUCUGACGUGUGGAGUUACGGGGUCCUGCUCUGGGAAAUCUACUCUUUCGGCCGCGUGCCUUAUCCCAGGAUUCCGCUAAAGGAGGUGGUCCCGCGAGUGGAGAAGGGCUAUAAGAUGGACGCGCCGGACGGCUGCCCGGCUGUGGUGUAUGACCUGAUGAAGCAGUGUUGGACCUUGGACCCGGCGGUGAGGCCGUCGUUUCGGAUGCUGCGUGAAAAGCUGCAGCACAUCAGAGCUAAAGAACUCUACCUGUGAGCCCAGUGCCAGGAAAGGGCUUCACCCAGGAGGAGAGAGGGGGACAGCGGGUAGAGAAGCGGCAGCCGCCUGCCUCCUGGAGCAGAAACGUCCAGAAACAUCCGGCAGCGAAGCUUGAAAAGAGGCUCCGGGGUUUUUCCUUUUGUUCUUUUCGGACUUUUAUCGGACUGUUGAUCUGGACGCACUCGCAAUGUGUUUCUGUAGACGGAGGAGGACCUUACCAGACCUCCGAGCGUGUGUGUGUGUGUGUGGGGUAAAGCGUGUCGUGUCCUCAUGUCUGUCUCUUCAGCCUUUUAUUAUUAUAUAUGUUUUUUUGUUUUUUGUUUUUUAGUUGUUUAUUUGAUUUUGGGUCAUUGUUUUCCCAUGUCAAUAUCUUUCAUGCUGUCUUUCUUUCCCCAAAGUGUUUGUCUCUGUCUUCCUCUCUCUCUUCCUCCCUGCCACACAUCUCUCUCUCUCUCUCUCUCUCUCUCUCUCUCUCUCUCUCUCUCUCUCUCGCUCUCUCGCUCUCGCUCUCGCUCUCGCUCUCGCGC